GGGUUUUCUUUGUUUCAUAAAUCAAUAAAUAGAGGCAGAACACAGCUAAAGUCGCUGUCCGUAAAUCGAUUAGGUCAGGACAGACACAAAGAAGAAAGUUCUCCGGUUAUAUCCCAUUACCAGACACAUAAUGGAACUUACCGAGUUAGAUAAAACAGACCGGCACUGCUCGCUGACGUAGAUUUUGGGGCAUUGUUGAAGCAGGGGCAAAGCGUGCUGUCAACAGCUUGUACAGGUUUUAUAAAGCGUUUAGGGGUAUUUAGUGGUUUAGAGGCAUACAUAACCAGGACAUUGAACAUAAAGCUUUUAGACGAAUAGCGCCGUGAAGAGGAACACUGUCCGCUCUAGACACACUUGGCUUAUAACAAAGCAGACUGCGUGCUAGGCUAAUACUUCCUUUAUAGUUCAAAAAGGCUCUCUACAGAAAUGCGAUCGAUCUGAAAAGGAUAUUUACGAGGACUAGGUCAUCCAGCUUGUCGAUUGACACUUUCAGCCGAAGUCUUCACAUUGAGUACAGCAGCAAUAAGACUUAUAGCUGACGUAUCUUAAAGCAGGGAGCGGUCUUUGUUAGGACAUCUGAGGUUUGACUCGCAACCAUUCAUGCUGCUGUAUCUUUAGCCUUUCUGCCAAAUCCAGUGCUUAAGAGCCAUUAAAAACAUCCAACGCGUCAAUAGGAUUAUGUAAGGAAUGAAGCUGUCAUCAUGGCGAAAUCUGUGAAAAAAGAUGCACAGAGACUGGCAUCCUGAAAUCAAAAGAGGAUAGCUUUACUAGCCUUUAGCUAACGCUUAGCCCAGUGCUCUGAUAUCGCUUCUAAGUGAAGUCACUGCGAGUUUGUAGGUCGUUUUGAAGCGGCCAACCUCUUCAUUGACAUAUACUAUCGCAAUUUAAUAGCGGCCUGUUACCCAAAUAGCACAUUUUAAGUCUUUUAGGAUAAACGGUAACGUUUUAGUUGCCGAAGUAGCCCUUGUUUCCUACUUAGCCAGUAGGCUAGCGAGUUAGCUUAGCUGAAGCUAAUGUUGUAGCUGCUCUGUGCAGACAGGCAGUAGUUGGCUACUGAGUUUUAAGUGAUAUAAGGUGAACGAACAGCUUUCUUCAAGGCAAACGAUGGCAGCUCCCACAAACGAGGCCUUGUUUUUGAUAAAGGACGUGAAGCCCGGGUCCAAAAAUUUGAAUAUCGUGUUCAUCGUUUUGGAAAUAGGGCGAGUAACCAAAACGAAAGAUGGUCAUGAGGUGCGCUCAUGCAAGGUGGCAGACAAGAGUGGGAGCAUUGCCAUCUCUGUUUGGGAUGAACUCGGCAGCCUUAUCCAGCCAGGGGACAUCAUCAAGCUGACCAGAGGAUAUGCAUCCAUAUGGAAAGGCUGCUUGACCUUAUACACUGGAAGAGGAGGAGAUCUGCAGAAGAUUGGAGAGUUCUGCAUGGUGUACUCAGAAGUUCCCAACUUCAGUGAACCAAAUCCAGAGCUGCUAGCCCAAGCAAACCAGCAAAACAAAUCUGGAAAACCAGAUGGGAAUCAGAGGGGAAACUCUCCACCCAAUCAGAAUUCAGGUACACCUGCCCCACCAGGUAAUGGUGCCAUGCCCCCAUUUGCCAACAAUAACAACAACAACCCACCACCUGGUGCUCCUCGUGACCCUGGUUUUGGGGGCAUGGGGCGACCCAACGGUCGCUCACCUGGAAAUGGAGCACCUCCAGUUACCGCUGCAGGACCUCCAACUGCAGCAAAGUCGUCAGUUACCAUUAGCAACGGCAGGGACCCACGGCGUGCCAAAAGAUGAAAAUGGGAUCACGGGGGAUCAUGUGGGAAAAUUACGGACAUCUCCAUGUCUCCCUUUCCCAUUUUUUUAACAUUUGUGACUUCUCCACAUCACAGCCUAUGUCGACUUUCAGAAUAAUGAAUUCAAUUAGGGACUAUUUGCAUCAUUUUCUACUGGCUAACAAAUUGUGUUGUUUUUCAUGCAUAGUGCAAGUAGUGCACUCAGUAAGCAGCACAAUGUGAUUGUGAUCUACCACUCGAUGCACUAUCAGGACUUCUUCUAUAGUCGAGCCUCGGUGCUUCUUAGUCUGCACCCCUGUCCUCUAAAUCUCACUGCAAAUUUGCCAGUUCUGUGCCAGUGUUAUCUUCCCCCUACAUCUCCUUAAUCCCCUGUCCUGUUUUGUCUUUUCAAACUAUACACCCUACUUGAACACUUGAUGCACUUUCUUCUCUUAAUUUAUGUCAGCAAUGUUGCCUGUCAUUUAAAUCAGGAAAUCCAUUUCUACUCUCUAGUGGAAAGGCCUUAAGUUGGUGAAAAUUAGUUCUGUGACUGAAUGCACAAGCGACAUUUCUCUCUUAACCAAACUGUGUCUGAAGUGAGUCUGUGACAGGAAAGGUGUUAGUUUUGACUAUUUUAAUAAUGGAUAGAUAGAAUGAGAACUUUUUUUUCCAUAGGACAUGUUUUUUCUUUAUCAUUGCUUUCAACUGUACCAUAUUCAAGGUGGGACCACUCCAAUUCUGGCAAAACGGUUCACCCAAUAAAUUUUACAGUAAUUCUGCUGCCAAAAAGUGGUUCCUGUAGUGUAUUUGACAUAAACAAAAAUGUAAUAAAAUUGGUUUUAAAUCUG